AUGGAUGGCUCAGCAGAUAUGUCCAGCAUCCUGGAAUGUUCUGAUAUUGGGUCACAGAAAGACAGAGUGGUGACUGAAGAGGAAUGGCUGCAAAAAUGGGAAAUGGGUAACAUUGGAUUUCACAAGGAGCAUGGGCAUCCGCUCCUCCAGAAGUAUCUGGAUGUUCUCUUAAAUGGCAGGAGUGGACUGAGGAUAUUUUUCCCACUUUGUGGUAAAGCAGUAGAGAUGAAAUGGCUGGCGGACAUGGGACACAAUGUUGUUGGCGUGGAAGUCAGUGAGCAAGCUCUGAAGGAAUUUUUUACAGAACACAAUCUGCCUUAUUUUGAGGAACCAGUUCCAGAGAUUUCAGGAGCAAAAAAGUUGCAGACUACCUCUGGGAACAUUUCUCUGUACUGCUGCAGUAUUUAUGAUUUGUCCAGCUCAAUAGUUGGCAAGUUUGAUGGAGUUUGGGACAGAGGAGCUCUGGUAGCUGUGAAUCCACGCGACAGACAACGCUAUGUCAGUUUGAUGAUUACCCUAAUGGAGAAAAAAUCUUCUUACCUCCUCGUUACAGUUUCAUAUGAUCCAAACAAACACAAAGGCCCACCAUUUUAUGUUCCUGAAUCUGAAAUUAAAAGCUUGUUUGCCAACCACUGUGAAAUAAAGUGUCUUCAAAAAGUUGAUGACUUUUCAGACAAACACAGACAAUGGGGACUAGAUUAUUUUCUGGAGGUGAUAUAUAUACUAAAGUUUGCAGCUUGA